GUUCAUCGUAACCAAGGGCGGCGCUGCCGAAGACGUCAUCCUCGAGGACAAGACGUACGACGACGUUACCAACGACGAGGCUUUUGUGGAGAAACGCGUCGAGGACAUCUCGCGGCUCCUCUCGCGGGCCCCGAGGCCCGACAGCAUGCGCAUUCUCGACUGCGUCGGCUAUUUUCCCGACCACCUCGGCCGCUGCUUCUCCUUCAUCUUCAAGUUCCCGGCCGGCGCGGACGUGUCUACGCCCCCGGUCUCCCUGCACCAUCUCAUGUCAGCGAAGCCGGGCUAUGACAAUCGCAGCAACAGCAGCGGAGGAACGUCACUUCCCAUGCUCGCGCCAAGCCUCGGCGAGCGCUUCGCCCUGGCUCGUACGCUGGCGCGGGCGCUGAUGCUGCUGCAGGCGUGCGGCGCGCUGCACAAGGCGUUCGGGUCGCGCAACAUUCUCUUCUUCCGCUUCCCGGGCCCGGGGACGAUAACCGGGACAGACGGGGGGCAUCCUUAUUACCACGAACAUUACGACCUGCAGCGGCCGUACAUUGCCGGCUUUGGGUACGCGCGGCUGCACGGCAGAGACUCUUCGUCGGACGACUACACCGGCAGUGGCGCGCUCCUCGGCCACGUCGAGCGGCAGCUGCUGUACGCGCACCCCGAGUACGCCUUCACGACCCAGCAGCGCUACCUGAAAGUCUUUGACCUGUACAGCCUCGGGCUGCUGCUCGCCGAGAUCGCGCUGUGGCAGCCGCUCGAGGACAUUGCCAGGCACUACUUUCCCUCCUCCUGCCCAACCACCACCACCACCAACACCAACCAGCAGCAGUGGGGCCAAUGCACUCGGCACGCGCUGCGCCGUGCCCUAUUCGCCGACAUGUCGCGCUUCUGCUCCGUCGUGGGCGACAAGUACACGCGCGUCGUGGCACGGUGCAUCUCGGGCUGUUUUGACGACGCCGACGGCAUGCCGCGCGAGCUGCGCGAGAGCGACAAGGUGGAUGAUGACAGGCUUGGCAGUCAAGAGGGCCAGGAUGGAGGUGAUGCAGAGUUCCAGGAGAUGGUGGAGAGGAAUAUUGUGCGCGAAUUGGCUAGGCUGGUAGUUUGAGGCCCUAUUUUAAUCAAGU